UUGAUACGGGAUCUCCCACUGUGCCAGUGUGGUGACGCCACGUAGCAAAUCUGUCUUUUCCGCCUUUGGUUCCAGACGUGAGCGUAAAGAUCUUCGUUUUUUACGCUACUGAUGUCGACUGCAACAGCUUCAAGUGCGAAAGCUUGUCUACGGCUCGUCGUCAAGACGGCAAAUCAUCAAUGUUCUGAUCUCAAUGUUGACUGUGACUGCAACUGUAAUGUGAGAGAUCUAAAACUUCAGUUGGCAAAGCUCCAUCCCAUUACUCCGCCAGCGAGCCAGCAGCGUUUAGUUUAUGCAGGGAGACUUCUUGCUGAUCAUCUGAAGCUGUCUGAUAUUUUAGAUCAGAGUGACGGUUCUUGUCGUGUGGCUCUUCAUCUCGUUCUUUCUCCGUACUUUCAACGUUCCGUGUCAUCUCCGGCAAGUCAAAACAAUGAGCAGAAGGCAACAUCAACGACACCUCCAUGUCCGCCAUCGGGAACUUCUUUCAUUCAAUCACCUGUUAGUGAGCAGGUUGGAGUGAGACAACGUGGCGCACCGUACACUCCCACAUCGGUUCCAUUCAGCUAUUUGUCUAAUGUCUGGAUGCAUUCAGCUUACAUGCAGCAAAUGGCAGCUGCUGCAGCAGCAAGUGGCCAUGCACCUCCAGUACAGACAUCUCCUUUUAAUCCAAGUACAAGUAGAGAAUCAUCUCCAUCUCCUGCUUCUGCUCCAGCCUCAGCUCCAGCUCCAGCAGCAAGAGAACGUGUUAAUGAAGAAAGACCAGCAAAUAACAGGCAGGUUAUUAAUGCAAAUGCAGCUGGUGGAUUAAUGGAUCAGGACGAUGAUGAUGAUGAAGCGGUGGCUAGGGAUUGGCUAGACAAGAUCUACAUGAUGUUUCGAGCUGGGUUGCUUGUGAUGAUCUUCUACUUCUAUUCAUCAUCAUUCCAUUUCAGCCUUGCAAUAAUCAUCAUUGUUUUGAUAUUCUUAUAUCAAUCUGGUUGGUUGACAAUUCAACGACGUGCAAGAGUACAAGCUGCACAAAACAAUCGAGACAAUGGAAAUCCGCAGGCAGAUCAGGGAAGUCGUCCCGCUGGUGUGGCACCAGAAGGUGAAGCUUUCGAGGUAGAACAACGACCUGGAGUUCUGGCAACUCUUCUUGGGUUUUUUACUGCGUUUUUCACAUCCCUCAUCCCGCAAAAUCCGCAAGCCCUUGUUGGCAACUGAUUGAUUAUCUUGUAAAUACAUGUACUUUAUUGUAUGUUAUUAACAUGAGAACAUCACAUCUCUAAGUAACUCAAGUUUUGUAAACUGUAGGUUUGUGUAUAUGAACUAUCUAUGUAACAUUGUCUGGUAUUUGCAAUUGAGUUUUUGUUCUAAA